UUUAACUUCUUCCUUCAACCUAGAGACCACCAGCAUCAACUGUAUUCGGCCAUGCCCCUCUCUUCUGUGGCUCCAAAACCAGAAAAUGAGUGCCCAGAAUCAGCCACAGAUCCUCCAACUAGGAUGGAAGCCUCUACCACAGCUUAUCUUCCUUACCCCAUGCAGAAGAACUCACAGUUCUUACAACGGACUUUAUACCCCAUAACUAUAAAGUUUGAAGAAGUUGUUUACAAGGUCAACUGUGAAAGGAAAGGAAGCUGUGGAGGAACAUCAACCACUAAAGAGAAAACAAUACUCAACGGAGUAACAGGCAUGGUUAGUCCAGGAGAGCUACUGGCAAUGCUCGGCCCCUCAGGAAGUGGCAAAACCACCCUCCUCACAGCCCUCGGAGGCCGCCUUUCUGGAAGCUUGUCAGGGAAGAUCACUUACAACAGUCAGCCACUGUCAGGAUCAAUCAAACGUCGGACAGGAUUUGUUGCACAGGACGAUGUUCUAUAUCAACAUCUCAAUGUCUUUGAAACUCUUCUGUUUACUGCACUGCUGAGGCUACCCAAAAGCCUGACCAGAGAAGAGAAAGUAGAGCACGUGGAGCAUGUUAUAGCAGAGCUUGGGUUAACCAAGUGCCGGAACAGCAUGAUAGGAGGGCCACUUUUCAGAGGAAUAUCAGGUGGAGAGAAGAAGAGGGUGAGUAUAGGUCAAGAAAUGUUGAUUAACCCGAGUUUGCUGUUGUUAGAUGAGCCAACUUCAGGGCUUGAUUCGACAGCAGCUCACCGCAUCAUAAAGACACUCAAAGGGUUAGCGAGUGGAGGUCGAACUGUCAUAACCACUAUUCAUCAGCCCUCUAGCCGUCUCUACUACAUGUUCGACAAAGUAGUUUUGCUCUCUGAUGGCACUCCGAUUUACUAUGGCCUCACAUCAGUUGCCUUGGAGUAUUUCUCUUCCAUUGGGUUCUCAACAUCCAUCACAGUCAAUCCUGCUGAUCUCUUGCUUGAUCUUGCUAACGGAAUUGGACCUGAUGCCCAACAUGAUGCUGAGGACAGUGAAAACCCACAACAAGAUCCAAAAUCUGUGAGGGAAUUUCUUGCAACUUCUUAUGACAAGAACAUCUCUACAAGGCUAAAAAGCGAGCUAUGUAGUUCAGAAAUUAGCAGCUACAAUAACAAAGAGGCAUUUACAAGGAAUCGAGGGAAUUCUGAGAAAUGGUGUACAUCUUGGUGGAAUCAAUUUAAGAUCCUCCUUAUAAGGGGACUAAGGGAGCGGAGAUUUGAAGCCUUCAACAAGUUAAGAAUAUUCCAAGUCGUGAGUAUGGCAAUACUUGGAGGGCUUUUAUGGUGGCAGACUCCAGCGGCUCACAUUGAUGACCGUGUCGCUAUGCUAUUCUUUUUCUCAGUUUUUUGGGGCUUCUACCCCCUCUACAACGCUGUUUUCACCUUCCCUCAAGAAAGAAGGAUGCUGAUCAAGGAAAGGUCAUCUGGUAUGUACCGCUUCUCCGCCUACUUUCUAGCCAGAACAGUGGGAGAUCUGCCAAUGGAACUCGCCCUCCCAACAGCCUUCACACUCAUCUUCUACUGGAUGGGAGGCCUCAAACCAGACCCAUCCACCUUCAUCCUCUCCCUACUGGUAGUCCUCUUGAGUGUCCUCGUGGCACAGAGCCUUGGCCUGGCCUUCGGGGCCAUACUAAUGGACGUCAAACAAGCCGCGACUCUAGCCUCAGUAACAACCCUAGUGUUCCUAAUCGCCGGAGGCUACUAUGUGAAGCAAAUCCCCCCAUUCAUAGAAUGGCUAAAGUAUCUAAGCUUCAGCUACUACUCCUACAAGCUUCUCCUAGGCGUACACUACAACGAGAACGACUACUACGAAUGCUCAAAGGGGGUCUACUGCCGAGUUUCAGAUCAUCCUGCGAUUAAAGCAGUAGGUUUAAGCCAUUUAUGGAUGGACAUAUCCGUGAUGGUUCUGAUGCUAAUAAUUUACCGAUUACUUGCAUAUAUCGCUGUGCACAGGGUGCAUUGAAGCGUUCUCGGAUCUGCCUGAAAAGGAGCUUCGACGGUUUCAAUUUUUUCUAGUUUAACCGUGAAAAUAAUUUUGGUGUAGGCGAUGCGAAUAUAUAUAACUUGAAAUAUUAAUGUAGCCGUUCAAUUUCUGCCGAA